AUGAAUAACUGGUUGGCCACAUGCCCUGAUAAACCGGAAGUCGUUUUGUGUAGUCGUUACACUAAGCAUCUUACGUUUCCGUUAUUUCCAGAAGUCCCUAAAGCGCCCAAAAUUGAUCGAAUCAGUCCGUCUCCCAAUGGAUUCGUUCUAACUUGGUCCACAGAACGAAUGGGCACAUUGCUGAGUCAUCGUGUUUCAUACGAAGAUGAAUAUGACGCCGCCCACACAGAAUGGGCAGCUGGAGCAGAUCGUCAAGUUGUCUUGCGUCGUAUGCAAAAGUGCCGUGUGUAUAAUGUUCAAAUGUGGGCCGAGAACAGGUGUGGGCUUUCACCCGCGUCUGAGCUGAUGACCUAUCAGGUGGAACCUCAGACUGCCCCUAACGAACCGAAAAACAUAGAACUGAGUGGAACCACCGAGGCACUAAAGGUGAGCUGGACAAAGCUCGACACCUUGCAAGAGACCACUGACACCGACAUUUUGCUCGUGGAUGGACGAGGUGGUUCCCGCACAUAUUGGGCUCCUGGUGAUGCCGACUCAUUUGUUCUUCAGAACCUGCGCCACGACCUGAAUUACACUAUCCUCGUCUCCUUAGGCAACGCAUGUGGUUGGUCGCAAUUCAGUAAAAGAACCUUUUCAUUUGACUCUAGUGGGGAGUUGGUCAUUGCUUGA